CGCAGUAGGCACGGUCUUUGGAAAGUCCGGGAGGCGGGAGCAGUGCGUGGAGUCCGGCGGGGUAGAACUGGCUGCGCGGAGCGGAGGACCGAGACGCAGGUGAACAGAGCGGGUCAGGAGGCUAUGCCGGGGAAAGUUUAGGAGUUUUUCCGGUUUAUCCGGACGCGGGGCGGUUUUAGGAAAGCUUAAGUGGAUGAGACCCCUGGAUUCGGAAGGCUCAGUUUUCCCUGACUGGGGUUAGUCUGAAGCGCGGACUGCGGCCGUCAACCCCAAAGCGCCCGGCCUUCCGCAAGCGGGCAGGAAACGAGAGAUGGCGUCGCCGGCUGGCCUUCAGUGAUCUCAGCGGGAAGUAGCUCUCAGGCGCCGCCAGCUUUUGCGUGCUUUCGGGGACGAGCCUUCGAGCUUGGCGUGCAGAGCAUUUCCCUGAACCUCUGUCUGUCCCUGUCGGUCGGGGCGCUGUAACCAGGAUGAGCUCGCUCCUGGUGGAAAUGCAUGGCAACGGGUUUCCCUAAACUCUGCAAAGAAGCGCUGCGUAGCCAGGGCAAGGUGAAGAAAGUGUACCACAGCUUUGAUUAAAGAUGACCUCCUUGUUCAUUCAAGAAAUACACCUUUUUAAAAGACAUGAAAAAAUAGUAUCACAAAGAUUAAUGUUACUUCAACAAAUGGAGAAUAAAUUUGGAAAUCAAAAUACAGAAAAGGCUUCUCAGCUUGCAACUGACACAGCUUUCAAAAGGAAUCUUAAUCUUUUAAGGGAUAUGGAAGCAGCUGAAAAAUCUUUGCAGAGCAAGAUUCACCCACAUCUACCACCUGAGGUGGUCUCUCUUGAGACUCAUUACUGGGCAUCAGUAGAAGAGUAUAUUCCCCAAUGGAAACAGUUUCUUUUAGGACAAGCAUCAUAUCCUACUGGUAUUGAAAAUCAAAAUAAAUCAGAAAACACCAUUCUAAAUGAAGCAUAGUGAUAACUACUUCUUCAUACACUACCUUAAUAAAGCUCAUUUUUAAAGAGCUUUUAGGUAAUUAUAGGAACAUUAGGAAUUGAAUAUGUUGAUGCUGUUUUGUUAACUCUAAAUGACAAUGAAGAUAUGAGAAUCUGCUGAGAAGUUUAUGAUUAUUCCUAGUAUUCAGGAUCAUGAGUUUGCUUCCUACCAAACCCAUGGAAACUGUUAAAAACUAGUAUUAAAUCUUAUUAAAUAAAUUAUUGGAUCAAUUUGUGUAUGUUAUUUAAAAUAUUUAGUCAUUCUAACCUAAAAAAGUUGAUUCAGAUUUUAAGUUAAGAAUCUUUAACUAUAUUAAUAUGGGAACAUGGUACAGGAUCUUGGUCAUUAUGUGUUUUCCAUUACAGUUUCUUUUAACAAAUGAAAAAGCAAUGACACUUAGCUGCUUUAGUAUACAGUAUUUAAUACUUACCAAAAAAUAAAUUCCUAGAAUUUUGUGCCCCACAGAUAAUCACAACUCUAAAAGUUCUAAAGAUGGAAAGACUAGAACUGUAAAGCAUUCAAAAGUAGCUGGUUUCAGGAAGGUUCAAAUUUAGUUUUGGAAACAGAGACUUUAUUAGAGUUAGGAAUGGUUAUUGGACAUUAAGGCUUGCCACCACUGUGAUGCAAAUAGCCCCUCCCUCAUCUUUUCAUCUUUAAACAUGUUCUUUCCUCUCCCUUCUAUUUUCAUUAUUUCUGAAAAAAACUGUCGGAAAGCUUUGGGCCAUAAUCCUGAACAAGUUUAAGAUUCUUCAGUCCAGCAUGGGGGAAAAAAUGAUAAUUUUCUAACUGUAGAAUCCGCAUAUGCUGUAAAACUAUUUCUGUGUUGUAUUACAGUGAACUUGUUUUAAACUGCAAACUGGUGUUUUUAAGAGAAGACAGUAGGCCAAGCUAGAAAAUAAAAUAUCAGUACCACAAACAAAACUUACCUUGAAACACCCAUUGUAAGUUCCUUUAAACGACCAUCUUGGAAAUAUCCUGUUGAGUGGGUGUUCAUGUGGGAAACAAUAGUGUUGUUUUCAUAAUAUAUGCUGGCAGAUUAGCACACUUCUUUACAGUGUUAACAGUUGUAAUUAAGGAAUAAACAACACAGGGUGUCAGUCUGAUGACAAUUUCAUCUAUAGUGUCAUAAUAAAAAAAAUCACAAAAUAUUAGAACUGUUAUGUAACUAUAAAAAUUUAAAAGCUGAAAGCAUUUUUUAAAAAUAAGACCAAAAGAAAAAAAUAAGGCAACUGAUGUAGCAGCCAGAGCAGUUUUAUACCAAGGAACAUGAAGAAGUUGUGUUGUUUUUUUUUUUCAAUCUUUCCCAGCAUAUGCACAUAAGAAGGUGAGUGAAGCAAUGCGAAACUUAACUUCUCUUUAGUCAAGUGAAAAAAAGGCUAAACAUUCGUUAGCUAGUAAAAUAUUGUGUCAAGCAAGUAGGCAUAUUCCAAAAUUAAGAAGUUGAUAUGUUAACAUCCUCAAAUAUUUAAGCAUACAUUUCCUUUCAGAUCUGUAAAUUAAAUCACCAGUAGAUUAGAUUAAAAUACAAAUGAAUGGCAUUUAACCACCUUAGAAAAGGUUUGGAUUUUUUUCUCCCCAAAUUGACUAACUUGCUAUUUUUUAUUGUUGUGUUUUCUUUUAAGUAUAAAUCUAAUAUACUCUGGGUUACAAUUUAAGCAGAAGUGGAGAUAUUUUUAGGCUUCAUUAUACCAUCUUUUGCAUUUUAGUUAAUACUUAAAAGCCUCCUGGAAAUGACUUUAUUCCUGGUCCCGUAGAGCCCCUCUACCCUACCCUGCCUUGUAGAUGGUUAGCAGAUUGCAACACAUGGUGUCUGUUAAAAAAAAAAAAAAAUUCUCAUAGGGACCUAGAUAGCCCAUUAAAGGGCUUUAUAUUCUCAUGGCCAAUUAGUUUUACAUGAAUUUCCAAACAACAUUUCCUGGGAGGAAGGGAGGAAUAACAUAUAUAAAGUGUGUGUGUGUGUUUGUGUGUGUAUUUUUUCAUCAUUAGUAGAAAUCAGACAAGGAAAAAGAAAUACCAUCUAGUCAUACCUUCUGCUUUAAAUCAUUGUAACUACUGCAUUAUACUGGAUCCAUUUACUAUCUGCCAUAAAAACUGAUUUUUUUUAAAGAAUUUAAUAGAGUUUUCAAAAUAAAAGUCAUUCAAAGAUUUUUCCUCCCCCCCCCCCACCCAAAUUCUUUCUUGGAUUGUUUUGACUGCAAAGCUCAUUUUCUUCUGAAACUCUUCUAGUCUAUGAAAUUAUUAAACUAUAAAAUGCUAAAGAUCAGAAGACAGCCAUUUUCUCUCAAACUUCAAAAUUGUAAAUUUUAAGUACUAAGGAAGAAUAGUAAUACUCUGGAAACCAGACAUCUGGUCUUUCUUGUGCAUAGGAAAUGGUGUGAAUGGAUGUCACACAGACACAGUUUUUCUCUGCAUUAUGCAAUGUUUUACCUUGUCUGCUUAAGUUAAUGAUCUGUAACUUCUUUUACAGUUUUGAUAUUUUUACAUCAUUCCCCUUUUUCCAUUCAAAAAAUAAUAAAGUGAAUAUGUGGGCAUAUUUAUUUUUGAAUUUAAACGUUUAGAGAUUAUUUUGUCACUUUCUACAUAAUUGGAGGUCUGUGAGAAAGAAUGAGAGAGAGAGAAAGAGGAACAAGUUUUGACAUUACCAGUGUCAAAGGAAGAUACCAGACUUUAAACACCACUAUGAGCCAGGCUCAAGUGCAUAAAAUUUAAUGCAAAAGGCCCAUGAAUUUGGUUAUCUACAAAGUAUAUUUUCCAUUUAUUUGUCUUUUUAUCCUAAGCCAAUUCACAACCUUCUAUGUUGUUUUUCUUAAGGAAAGUAUUUUACUGAAAACAAAAUAAAUUUUCUAAUCUUACAGAAUCCUUUUCAAGAAUUGCUCUACAUAAUUGCUGCAUGUUUUAAAACAUUCUUCAACCAUCAUCUGUUUUUAACCUCUUCCACUUUAAUUAGGGUAUUUGAGAUAUCUUUCUUUGAGAAUUGUGAACCAGAAUCUAUGCACAAGUAACAACCAGGGGGUGGUUGCCUGCAGGAAAGGGUCUAGAGGAUAUGGAAGUGACAAGGAAGAGAAAAGAGAUUACUUGAGAAAACCUCAGGUUGGAAUGGGCACCAUCCACCUCCCAUGUUUUUGUUUCUCUCAUAAUUUAGAAGUUAAUUCGUCUACAUGGGAAAUUUAAUUCCCAUUGCUAAUAAAAGAAUAGAAUUUUCUGAGACAAACAGGGAAAUGUCAAACUUGAAUAAUUAAGGAGAGGAUUGAUUUGUACAUUUGACACCUGGUAUUGUGCUUGCUCUUUCUAACAAACUGAGAUUAUAUCCUUACUAAAAUCUAAGAAAAGGAAAAGGACUCCAACAAAGCAAGAGGCUCAGAAUGCUUCCGGACAUCACCUUACUGUGCAGAGUCAAGUUUCCCUGCUUUCUCCUAAGUUACAGCAAUGUUUUAAAGUUCUUGUGAUUUUAAAAACUCAAAAUUUAUUUCUCAGACAAAGACAGAGAAAGAGAUGCUGUGAACAUAGACUGUAGAUUGACCACACUAAAAUAGUUGUGUUGAGAGAGAAUCAUAAUGUACUUAUUUUAGAAUGUGAUGAUUUGAUGUGUUCCUUUUUUUAUGGGGAUUGGUCAUUUAACUUCUCAAGUUGAAGUAUUUUUUUCAUUAUUCCUUCCUAAGAUUAAGUUUCAAUGUAGAAAUUUUUGAUAUUUUGCACAAUACCACUUUAGCGAUAAUACAAAGGGAAACAAAAUUCUGCUUGUAUAUUUUGCCUAAUAGAUUUCUAUUUUCUCAUCCCCAAAACUAAAUAACAACAGCAACAUUAUAGUACAGGAGAUUGAACCCAGAACCUUUGCACUGAACUUUACUGUGUAGCAGGUACAGUUGUACCAAAAAUAUAGCAAGGAAUAAAACAAUCCACAUCCUCUUGGAAUUUGUUCUGGCAGAGGCAGUAGGUAAAAAGGGUUGAAGGUAAAGGUAACAACCACAAAAAUAUGUGUUAUAAACUAGAUAUUGUAAUAAUGAAAGUGAUAGUGCUUAAAAGGAUGGAACAACUAAGAUGGGGAAGGAAAAAAGGAAGAAAAGAUUGUAUGUUGGUAAACACAUGAAUGUAUGUAUGGAUAUGUAUACUAGAUGGAUAGCUAUACUACUAAUCUCAGUUCAUCAAAAAAAAAAAGUGCUGUCAUGAUCACUUUUGUGUCCAGAUUUUGGAACCUGAACAACUUCUAAGACAACAAUGUGCAAUAUAUUAACUAGUGUUAAUUCGCUACUUUUUUUGUGUGUGUGUUUUUCAUUUUGAUCGGUACCAGGGAUCAAACUCAUGACCGCCUGCUUGCAAGGCAGGUGCUUAUGCCGCUGAGCUAAAUCCCCAGCCCUUAAUUCGCUACUUUUUUAAAAAAUUCUGUAUCAUUUCUUUUUUUGUUUUGCUUUUUUAAAAAAUAAAAAAAAAACUUCCAAAAUAUCAAUGCAAGAAAACAAACUUCAUCAUCUUCAUCAUUGCUCAGAUGUUACAGCUAGAACAGAAUUUUUUCCUUUUCAGUGAUCUGGAGUUGAAACUUCUCAGUGAAACAAAAUUUGCACAGCUACAAAUAGUUUGGAAGUUUUAUAAUGAAUGAUUAUGUGAUAAAGAAUACAAAAUUAAAUUCUCACUAUUCUGAUACCUGCUACAAUUUGGACAAAGCCUGGAGACAUAAAACUAAGCGAAAUAAGCUCAACGCCAAGGAUUUAACACUGUUCUACUCUAAGGUACCUAGAAUAAUCAAAUUCAUAGAAGCCAGAAAUAAAACUGUGGUUGAACUCUAUGGAAGAGCACAGAGUUUCAGUUGGAGAACAUGAAAACUCUCGAUAUAGAUGGAAGAGAGAUGCACACAACAUGAACAUGUCAUUACUAAAAUAUGUGUUGAAAAGUUAAUAAAAUGGCAAAUGUUACGCUGUAUACAAUAACCACAAUAAAGUUACUUAUGAAAUAAAACUUGAA